CCAGGUACAAAUAUGUCUUGUGUUGUUAUAGUCGUCUGCUAUAUAUGAUCGUCGUUUGUUGCAACAUCUGUCAUAAUCAUAUCUCAUAUCUUAUAUCUGAUCCAUCAACCUGCGGUGUAUGCAUGGCAGCCAUACAUAGUCCCUUUUUAUUGGUACAUGUAUUAUGUUAUGUGGGGGGUCCUGAAGGCUGUAGGUGACAGAGAAGGGUCAGUACUUGCUAGCUAGUAUAUCUGGAUGGUGGAUGUGAGUGAGAUCAGCCCUGAAGUGCACUCCAAGCUAGCUAGCUAGCUAGGAGACCCUCUCUCUACCUUCCAAAAAGCUUCACUACACACCGUCCAAAAACUAGUACCACUUUGGAUUUGCACUAAAUUCCGUUCCUGCUUUGGUAUGUCACAAGCUGAUCGAGCCUGUCGUCCUAAUUAACUGACCAGUCCAUGUCUCAUGUCUGAAACCGAAAUAGUAGCUAUUAGGUAGUACGUACUGUACAAUACACGGAUUGUCUAGAUAGCUACCUAGAUUUUCUCCUAAAAGAAUUAUGUCUGUCUGUAUGUGUUGUAUUGUAUGUACGGGUACGACUCCUUUAGGUGUGGUGCAACAACUAAUUAGGUCGGCAUGCCAUCCUGAAUUCCAUUGCAUGAGGAGUGCAGUGCAUGCCUCCCUAUUUCUAGGACCUUUUCUCUCCCUGCCUGGCCCAUUCAGAUACACAUGCACAUGCUCGCUCAGACCUGAACCCGCUAGCUUUUGCAUGUUCUAUAGCAGAGAGCUAGCAUCGUCGUCUGAUCGAGCGAUCGAGGUGGUCUGGCAAUGGAGGAGUCCUCUUGCAACACGGUGCCCCCGGGGUUCAGGUUCCACCCCACGGAGGAGGAGCUCGUCGGCUACUACCUCGCCAGGAAGGUCUCCUCCCACAAGAUCGACCUCGACAUCAUCCAGGAGGUCGACCUCUACCGGAUCGAGCCGUGGGAUCUCCAAGAGAGGUGCGGCAAGUACGGCGGCGGAGGAGGCGGGCAGGAAGAUCCGACGACGGAGUACUACUUCUUCAGCUACAAGGACCGCAAGUACCCCAGCGGCACGCGCACCAACCGCGCCACGGCCGCCGGCUUCUGGAAGGCCACCGGGAGGGACAAGCCGGUGCUGUCCUCGUCCUCGUCGUCUCCGGCGAGCGUCAUCGGCAUGAGGAAGACGCUCGUCUUCUACCGCGGCCGCGCCCCCAACGGCCGCAAGACCGACUGGAUCAUCCACGAGUACCGCCUCCAGUCCAACGAGCACGCGCCCACACAGGAGGAAGGGUGGGUGGUUUGCCGCGCGUUCGUGAAGCCGGUGCCCAACCAGCAGCACAGGCUGUCCUACGGCGGUGGCGGGUACCCGACGAUGAACGGCAGCUACAGCUCCGCCUCCAAUUACUACUACUACGACAACCCUAACGCGCGGCUGAUGGUCGCCGGCGGGGGUCCGCCACAUGAUCAGCAUGUUCUGGCGGCGGAGUCCAAGCAGCAGGUGCAGCUGUUCCCCUCCGACCUGCCGCCGCCGCUCCAGAGCCCGACCUUCGACGGCGAGGGCGAGGGCGACAUCUCGCAGAUCAGCGGUGGGUGUAGCAGUGCUGAUCAGCAGCUGGCCGCUGCUGCUGGGACGAUCGACUGGAACCUGUGGAGCAGCUUGCUGCCGUCCACGGCGCCACAGCUCUUCCACGGCCAGACAAUGACGCCGCCGCCGGCAGCCAAUUCGAGCUCCUCCAAGAACACUUAACGAUAUAUAUAUUUGAUCCGGAGGAUUCAGAGUAUCUUGACUGAUUAAUUGUUGACAAUUUGAUCAUACGACGGAGUAUGUAUGUUUGACGACUACUUGCCAUUUUUACACGUGGCUAAUUAGUUUCCACUUUGAUUCUAGUAGGUCAUAGGAUGAUAUAUACAAAUAUACUUACAAUACAUCAACAUAUAUACGUAAUUUCAGUAAUGGGAUUUGGAACACAGGAUUGAUCAACCCUAGUUAGCUAACUAGUAUUUUGUCAUGUCAAUUUCUCCAUAUGAAGCUCACAUCACUACAUCAUUGUAUACUUGCAUUGGCAUGUAUA